AUACUUCAGGUUUCGUCAGCGAUUGGUGAAUACCUUUGUUUACUGAUUAGUUCUCGUUUUUGAAUUCGACGAGGUUGAACAUUUUUACUUUCUCAAUUUUCGCGGAAAAACUGAAUGAACAGCAUGUCAAUUCAUCAGUAAUUGGUUACGUUCAGUUUCGUGACUCUUUGUGAGAGGAUUCUUAUAAGUGAUUGUGUUUUGUUUUUAUUGAGUAGAUGAUCGUGCUUGUCAAAAGUGAGGUUAUCUUCUUCCCCGACAAAUAGUGCACACACCCAGAACUCAAGACGGCGGGGCCUACUGUCAGGGCCCGUGGCGUGCUCAGGAAGGUCCGCAGGGUCUUCCAGACGUCUGUUCUAGGAUACCCCAUGCUGUUGCAAGUCAUCUUUACUAUCACUCGCCUUGGUCGUUCUCCUCGAAAAAAAAUCGAUUCGGUCGCAACAUAAUUUGACGGAACAUUUUUUUUUUGUGUUGAGUUUUUGUUUGUUGUAUUUCAAGUGUUCAGUGUAACUCUAGCUCUCUCGUUCUAUAACUAAUUAGAAGACAAUAAAAUGAAUAACGCCCAGAAGAACAAUCUGAGAAAACUAUCCUUCUUAGGAUUUUCCCAACACGAUAAGAGCAGGAACAAUACCGGAAAUAAUGAUGGCGAAGUCAAGCUUGACGAAGAAUGUGCCAAAGUGUUUGCCAUGGAAGGAGGCAUUUCGACUGGCUUCAAUAUUCACAAAUUCCAUGAUUCACCCACUCCAUCUGGUCAACCCAGACAAAUCGAUGAAGAAAUUAACCAUCAUAGGGAGAAAAGUUACCCUCAUACGCACGUCCCGCUCAAAAUUGCCCCUAAGUCGAUGAGACGCCGUCAACCCCCACCAGUGAAUAUCCCAUCAGCUGCAGCUGCGAUCCCCGACACCUCGCCCUAUCCCGCGGUUACCACCCCAACGACGCCUCUGAGUCAGCAGGAGGAGGACUCCACCACGGUUCCCCUGAGCUCAAUCACGUUGCCCGAAGAAUCCGAUACCGCUGCCAACAGUUCAGAGUCCGAAUGCGUUUUCAGUGAACCAUGCAACGAUUCCGUUGAGAAAAGGGUUCAAUUCUUGGGACAAUCGGACAACGGUGAUAUUCCAAAUGGCAAGGAGAAGGAAAAAAAGAAGAGGAAGCACUUCCAUCACCAUUCAAAAUUCCGAAAAUAUUCCCUGCCAACCGAAGUGAGCGAUCCUGUCUCAUCGUCGAGAAGGAGACAUCAUCACCACCAUCAUCAUCAUCAUCAUGAAAAAAACGAAGUAACGUUCAACGAGAAACGACGAGUUUCAACGCAGCCCGAAGACCUACCCUUGAAGGACGCCGAUAGAGACCAGUUAGAUAGCCAUCGAUCUGACGAUUCGAAAGCUCUGAGACGACCAAAAAUUUCGAGACCAAGCAAUGCAUCUAUGGUCUAUGUCGGAAAGAAUGAUGUUGGCGAACUUCAUUUCAGCUCCAACAAAAAAUAUGAUCAUAGUCCCCAUGCGCUUUUCGUCGAAUUGGACGAGCUACACACAUCGGUAGAAGAAAAUGAAUGGAAAGAGAAAGCUCGUUGGAUAAAGUAUGAAGAAGAUGUUGAAGAAGGCAUCGAUCGAUGGGGUAAACCACAUGUUGCAUCUCUCAGUUUUCACUCGCUCCUCAAUCUGAGAAAAUGCCUGGAAGACGGACUAGUACUCCUCGACAUGGAAGAACGAGAUCUUCCUGCGAUAGCGUAUCGAGUCACCGAGGAUCUCUACAGGGAAGAUCUGAUCCGAGAAGAGGACAAGGCCAAGCUCAUGAGGACCCUCCUCUUGAGGCACAGACACGUGAACGAAAGUCACGACAAAGGAUUCAGGUUCACCAAAAAACACAGCUAUGCGUCCCUCCAAAAUCUGUAUGACCUGGAGCGCAGAAAGAUCAGUAUGCCUUUUGAUAUAUCCAAGAAUGGACACUUAGACGCUGAGAGUAAGUUACUUGGUGACAACAAUCAUGUUGCCGUAGAGAUACGUGGAGAGGAUACUUAUUCGGCCAGCUCCGAGGAUGUGAGGAAGGCACAAAACGAAUCCAUAUUGAAAAAGAUCCCACCAGGUGCCCAAGCAAGCAGUGUGCUUGUCGGCGAAGUGGAUUUCCUAGAGCAACCAGCCAUUUCGUUCAUUAGACUGGCUGAAGGUAUCGUAAUACCAAGUUUGGUGGAAGUUAAUUUGCCUUGUCGUUUCAUAUUUAUUCUUCUCGGACCCAAGAGAGCCAACUUGGAUUAUCGUGAGGUUGGUAGAUCAAUUUCAACGCUCAUGGCCAACCAGCAAUUUCUCAAUAUCGCGUUUGGAGCAUACGAUCGUAAGGCUCUGUUGUCGGCCAUCAAUGAAUUCCUUGAUGACAGCAUAGUUUUGCCACCUGGUAACUGGGAGAGGAAAGCAUUACUUCCUAUCGAAGAGCUGAAAGCGAAGAGUGAGCAAAUAAGAAAGAGAAAGGAGAAUGCUCUGAAAAAAGCAGCAGAGGCUCAAGGUAUCACCAAGCCUCUGUUGGGUACUGGAGAGGGCGAUGAAAAGAAACCCCCUUAUAAUCCCCUAGAACGUACCCGUAGGCCAUGGGGAGGCCUUAUCAACGACCUGAAAAGACGCUAUCCUUAUUACAUGAGCGAUGUCAAAGAUGGCCUGAACGCGCAAUGUGCAGCAGCAUCCAUAUUCAUGUACUUCGCUGCACUUUCAGGCGCGGUGGCUUUCGGUGGUCUUCUCAGCAACAAAACGGACAACAGCAUCGGGACAUCGGAGACACUGAUGUGUACAAGCAUAUCCGGCAUUCUGUUCGCACUUUUAUCCGGUCAACCGUUAGUUAUUGUUGGUACCACCGGGCCGCUGUUACUUUUCGACGAGAGUUUAUAUCAAUUCUGCACAAGCAGCGGCAUUGACUUUCUACAGACGCGCAUUUUCAUCGGCUUAUGGCUCGCUUUCAUCGGAUUAUUCGUGGCUUGUCUGGAGGGGAGCAUGCUGGUGAAGUUGUUCACGAGAUUCACCGAGGAUAUAUUCUCGGCCCUAAUUGUACUACUUUAUAUCCUCGAGAGCGUUACGAAGCUCAUAUUACUAUUUCAUAAACACCCGUUGUUGACGAAUUACUGCGAAUUCGAAGAGAUAACCGUUCCAGCAAACGAUUCUGCGAUAUUUAGGGAUUUGAGAAAUGAGACUGGCUAUCAAGAUUCUCAAAUGUUGAAUAUAAUUCAAUACAGACCUUUGCCGAUGACAGAUAGCUAUGGGCCCAUUAAUCAGCCGAACACAGCUCUCUUUUGUACAGUUUUAUCACUGGGAACGUUCAUCAUUGCUUAUUAUUUGAAGAUGUUCAGGAACAGCCAAUUUCUUGGAAGAAAUGCAAGGAGAGCUUUAGGAGACUUUGGAGUACCUAUAGCAAUCGUAACGAUGGUGUUCGUAGAUUAUAUCGUGCCACAAACAUACACUGAGAAACUUUCUGUGCCAGAAGGACUUUCUCCAUCCAAUCCAGAAAGGAGGGGCUGGUUCAUUCCACCCACAGGACUGCCAGUAUGGGUCAUGUUUGCAUCAGUUAUUCCUGCAAUGCUCGUUUAUAUACUCUUAUUUAUGGAGACGCACAUUACAGAAUUGAUCAUAGACAAAAAAGAAAGAAAAUUGAAGAAGGGUAGCGGUUUCCACUUAGACAUUGUACUGAUCUGUCUGUGCAAUAUUCUCAGUGGCACAUUCGGGCUUCCCUGGGUAUGUGCAGCUACUGUCAGAUCCAUCACGCACGUUUCUGCCCUGACAGUGAUGUCCAGGACACACGCGCCUGGUGAAAAACCGCAUUUGAUCGAGGUUAAGGAGCAACGUAUAUCGGCGUUAGCUGUUGCCACACUUAUUGGUCUGUCAGUACUUAUGGCUCCACUUCUUAGAUUGAUACCUAUGGCUGUGUUAUUUGGAGUAUUCCUUUACAUGGGGGCUGCUUCCAUUGAUGGUAUACAAUUCUUUGAUAGGAUGAAAUUAUUCUUUAUGCCUGUAAAACAUCAUCCCCAAGCUUCGUACGUCAGAAGGGUGAAAACCCACAAGAUGCACAUCUUCACUGGUGUACAAUUAGCUUGUCUCAUAUUCCUGUGGAUUGUUAAAUCCACGAAGGCGGCUCUGGCGUUUCCUUUCUUCCUAGUUCUCAUGGUACCCCUGAGGGCUCAACUGACCCACUUCUUCUCAACGAGGGAGCUUAGGGCGCUGGAUGGAGAUCAGCCAGAUGCAGAUGACGACGAACCUGAUUUUUAUGCAGAGGCGCCACUGCCAGGAUAAAUAGGGAAAAUGUAGCCUAUAAAAUAUUGAAUGAGUUUUAUAGAGUGUAGAGGAAUGGAAAACACCAUAUUCUUCCUUUGUUCGAAGAAUCAAAUAAUUAGAAAUGAAUAGUUUAUACAGAAUUAUAGUUCGAGAACAUUUCACAUUAAAUUGUCAAUCGGCUGUAUUUUCUAUUUCAGUAUUAUUUCUUUGAAAUUUCUGCUGUGACUGAAACGAAAGUUAUUAUAGAAAAAUUUUAAUCUAACAAAUAGUUUAGAUUUGAAGAUAGUUGAAUAUUAGAUAUUCUGAAAUUUUUCUUAUAUUAUAAAUACCUAUACACACAGAUGAAAUCCGUAGGAUGGAAAUAUGUUCCAUAUCAUUAGAUUUUAUCUCAGAAGUAAAGAAAGUAUUACUGUUACUAUUUCCAUUUUACAUAAUCUAUUCUCGUUCAAAGUUUCAAUAUUCAAUUAAAAAGUAUAUAUAUAUCGGAUGUUACUUAAUAUCAGGUAUAUUGAAACACAUUGCCAUCUUAAAAAAUAUCUCGAUAUCAUUAGAUUACUGCAGAGUUCAAUUCAUUAAAUUCGAACAUUUUUAUUUUCAAUUUAGAAAAUUUUAUUAAAUUUCCUAUUUCGCCCGAUAUAUUCGGUAACAUCCCUUAUUUUUUUAUACUUUUUUCGCCCCUUCAUUAUUUAACUGAAAAUACCUUGAAUACUUUGAGUUUGAAAUGAAUUGCAAAAGUAUUCUAUAUCUUUAUUGUUUAUAUAGUUAUUUCCAUACUUUCCAUAUUCAUUAUUUAUUUAUUUCAUCAUCUUAGUGAACUUUCUCUUACUCAUAAGUAACAUUCAGGUUUCUAAUUUGGGGCAAAUGACACAAGUUUAUUCUGUGCUUUUUUAUUUAUAUUAAAGAAUAUUCUCUGUUGUUUCGAAGGCCUCUGUUUUAAUCCAGUUCGAUGAAGAAAUGUGUCGAAAAUAUCUGGUGUACCAAGACAAACAAAUUGUAAGUGUUAUAAUUAAACUCAUUGUACUCUUUUUGUGAUCAGAAAUGUUUGUAACAUCACCAGACAAUAUUUAUUUUUAUAUACAACUCCAAUCCAAUAUUUAUCCAAUUCAAAGGUUUGUGAUAACAGGAGAAUGUUAUUUCGAAAUUAAUCAAAAAAGACCAUUUUCGAUCUUUCCGAUUGAUAAAAUCGAAUUUUAGAUUGCUCUCCUUAUUUACAUUCUUGCUACAAGAAAAAUGCCAGUCUGGACAUAUUUUUAAAAUAGAAAAUAUUUUACAGGUUCCAUGAUUUCAAUUUCAACUGUAGGUUUCUAGCUAGGUACAACAGAUUUGUCAAGUGUUAGAUAUUGUCAAGGUCCGUCAUAUAUUUUUAAACUGUUUUAGAAACAUAAUUGAGAAUUAAUAAAUAUAAUGAAAUGAU